AUGGCGGCCGCUCCAGGCCGCAUACCCAUCACGGUCAUUACAGGCUUCGCAGGCUCCGGCAAAACAACACUAAUCCUCAAUCUGCUCCCUCAACUCCGAAAAGAAAACCCAGGCUACAAACUCGCCCUGAUCAAGAACGAAAUCGGAGACCUCAAUGUGGACUCCCAACUCGCCGCCGCGGCGGAAAUGACCGCAACCCAAGAACUGCUGGGGGAUUGUAUCUGCUGCACCAAUGUCGGGCAAGUCGAAGAUGCGCUCGCUCAACUCGACCGCGAAAGCCAUCCGGAUCGAAUCAUCAUCGAGACUUCCGGAUCCGCGGAGCCUCUGAAACUCGUUCUGGAGAUUAACCGGCUGGCCAAGGAGACUGCACGGUAUGAACUCGACGGCAUCGUCAGUGUCAUCGAUGCCGAGAAUUGGGGCGGAUACGCGAAUACGAGUUUCACGGCGAAGCUGCAGGCGAAGCAGACGGAUCUCAUUGUUAUCAAUAAGUGGGAGGGCUUAGGGGAGAGGGAGUUUGAUAUCUUCCUGGACCGCCUGGGGGAUUUGGAUGUUGAUACGCCGCAGACGAAGAGCGAUCAGGGGUGGAUUAGUAAGGAAUUGCUCUUUGGGUUCGAUCAGAAGAUGGCGCGGGCUUGGCUGGAAGAUGGAGGGCACGAGCAUGAUCAUGAUCAUAGCAAGGACGGGGACAAGCAUACUUCCGAGGUGGAGUGUCUUUCCGUUACUUUGCAGUCUGAGGAUCCGGAUGCGAGUAUGGAUCUGAAGAAGUUGGAGCGGUUACUUCGUUCCGCGCCGAAGGAUGAGGUUUACCGUAUUAAAGCUGUGAUGCACAGCACAGGUACGCCUACCCAACCCGAUGGAUCUGCGGUCGAUGGAAAUGCAUCUGGAGGCAGAGAGCGGUAUAUCUUGAACUGGUCCUUUGGCCGUUGGACGUGGUCUCGGUCGUCCACAGAGAACGACAGCACGGCGGUACCAGUCUUGAGGAUGUCCAUUUUCACCGCGCCGUAUGAGAGCACCAAAUGGACCAAGAAAGUCGAGAGUGGAGACUUCAUCAAAUUGUCGGAUGAGAAAGAAGGAAAGCUCGAGGUGAAGAAGGUCCAAUGA